AUUAAUUUCUAGCCCCUCUCCCUAUAAAACCUCGUAACCAAACAAAUCUCUAAUCAAAUUUUCUUCAAUUAAUUUUCAAACCUUUCGCUUUCUUUCUCCCUCCCUCCUCGGAUUCGCCAUGGCAGGAAACGGCACAUCAUGGGCUGAUCAAUGGGAUUACAACUCAGAUCCAUCGCCUUAUACCACCAAGAACACCACCGAAUCAUCCACCGGCGCCGGCAAGUACAAGCAGAAAGUCGGCGAAGGAAUCGGGAAGACCAAAGCCGUCGCCUCUUCUGGCUUCAAAAAAGUCAAGGAAGGUACCUCCGUUGGCUUACAGUGGGUCAAAGACAAGUAUCAUAAAACUACUCAAAAGCACUAGACAAACACACACAUACCGAAAGAUUUUUAGGUUUCCUGAUUAUACUUGGAUUUAUCGAUGGAUUAUUGAUUUGUUUUAUGUGUUGAAUACUUGUUUUUCUUUAUUUAUUUAUUCCUUUUGUUCUUCUUCUGUACAUCGAUCGGUUUAGAAUGGCUUUUUUUUUUUCUUUCUUUGCUUCUUUCUAUUUUUUGAGACGGAAUUCUUGUUGCUCAUGAUUUCUGCGUAUGA